CUCGCUGCUCCCAUGACCUUCAAAUCCUCGGAGCAUGAAGGUCAAGGUGAUUUCUAUCCUGGAGGAUAACUACAUGUACCUGAUCAUCGAAGAAAGCACGCGGGAUGCCGUGGCUGUUGACGCCGCCGUUUCCAAGCGGUUGCUCGAAAUCAUCAAAAAGGAAGGCGCUACUCUCAAAGCCAUCCUGACAACUCAUCACCACUGGGAUCAUGCCCGAGGCAACGAAGAACUGGUGAAGCUGUUCCCUGGCUUGGAAGUGUACGGUGGGGACCACAGGGUUGGCGGCCUGACCCAUCGAGUGACUCACAACGAGGAGUUAAAGUUUGGCAGCAUCAACGUGAGAUGCCUCCUCACUCCUGGCCACACUCUGGACCACGUCUGCUACUUCGUGUGGGAAGAGGACUCUCUGGAUGCCCCGGCCGCCUUCACAGGUGACACCUUAUUUGUCGGGGGCUGUGGGAGGAUCCUGGAGGGGACAGCCGAGCAGAUGUACAAGAGCCUAACGGAGGUGCUGGGCACACUGCCCCAGGAGUCGAAGGUGUUCUGCGGACACGAGUAUACCGCCCGGAACUUGAAGUUUGCUCUGAAAGUGGAGCCAGAGAGCGAAAUGGUGAAAGACAAACUGGCUUGGGCCAAACUGCGAGAGGACGAAGACCUGCCCACGGUGCCUUCCACACUGGCAGAGGAGUUCCUCUACAACCCUUUCCUGCGGGUCUCAGAAGAAGCCGUCCAGAAGUUCACCGGCAAGGUUGACCCCGUGGAGGUCUUUGCUGCUCUCCGCCAGGCCAAGGACAGCUUCCGGAAGCCGAAGGAGAGGCUGAACCCCCAGGCCGUGCUGGCCUUUGAGUGGGGGCUCUUUGAGCCAUUCCUGGAGAAAAAGUGACCAGCUGAUCAGAGGGUGGGGAAUGAGUUGCCUUUAAAGCUCUUGCACGAGGCCGGCCUGGACACACUGUGCCUCUCCCACCUCUUGGCCUGGCCUGUCCUCCACCACACCGGCUGAUAUGAACCGCACUGCCCUGCGCCAAGACCAAGGGAGCCCACACCGUUGCUAGCAGGCGGCCUGCACGGUUCCCCCCGACCCCAUUCCGAGGUGGGGCGAAGACGUGUUGUUUCCGAGAGCAAACCUUGAAACGCACCACUGAAUGAGCUCCUGGCUCCUAUGCCUGCAAAAUGGUGGGCGGGUACAGAACCGACACUGUGAACUUGCUCUAACGGCCAUUGCUUUUCACCACUUUAAUAAAGGGGCUUUGAAAGACA